UUGGGCUUGUCUUAUGAAAGGUUCAGCAUACCUUAGUAAAAAUAAAACAGACCCAAAUUUCUUCAUCGUAAAACUAAACAGACCCUGGACAUUCUCUCUCCUCUCUCACAAAUUCUUUGUUCUCUUCUUCAUCUCUUCGGCAUCCAUGGCUAUGGAGACUUGAUCCCACUAAGUCAGGAUUCACAGAAUUAUAAGUUCAUCUCCCCCAAAACGCUAUACACUCAAGUUCUCAACUCACAUUCUCUCUAUCUUUCGGCGAAUCGAUGUCAAUGUGGACGAGAUUUACGCCGUUUCUUAGGUUAGAGUGAGUAUAGGAGGUGACAGAGGUCAGCGGCGAGGUUAGGGGCGCGGUCGGAGUUAAUGCAUGCUGCUGUUGCAAAACAUAUGGUGGCAGUUAGCACUAAUCUCACGGUGAUAUCAUCUCUUGCAAAACAUAUGGUGGCAGUUAAGCUAUACAAUACUCCAUCUAUUUCUUGUUUGAUUCAUUGCCUUGCCUUAAUUUACGGAUAAUAAUCAUUAUUUUGAUUCUGUUGCUGUUUAGUUUGACUGGGAUUGGAUGUAACUUGGUUAUUGCACUCCUGAAUCUCGAAUCUCUGAAACUGAGUCUAUGCUUGUUAAUUCAAAACGUUUUUUAAAUGAAGAAUGUAUUUAGUCAGAAGGAGAUAUUUUGAUUUUUGAGGUUUAAGUUAGUCUUGUGUUUGAGAGGAAUACCUGAAAAGGAACUAUGAAAAGUGUGUGUGUUGUGGGCAAAAUUACCGUGCCAUCGUGUACCAAUGAAGAUGUGACACGUGGCACGUAUUACGCCCCGUAAGCAAAAAGCAUACGAUGUCUAUUCCGGAGUAUAAGUAUCAGUCUACCUAUCUACAAAGUAUAUGUAUUUGUAUUUAUGUACGUAUAAAUGUAUGUAUUGUAUUUAUACCUAAGGGGCAUACGUAGCUGUAGACACCUACUUUUGUCCCCAUUCCCGAAAGGGAAAGGUUCGAUGAUGAAAGCAUAAAUCUCCACUUGACAACGCAUCUCCUUAAAAUAAACGAAUCUCAAUUCCCCUUUUCAUUUCACCCAAAACCUGAUAUUUAUAGAAAACUGCUAUUUAUGGAAACCUGCUAAAAAUAGUAACUGCCGUAAAGGAUAGCUUCUAAAAGUGGCAAGUGAUAAAAGAUAGAAACCUGUCAGAAUUAGGUGUUGCAUUCCGACAUAAAUCCUAAAUGAGAUAGAAAACUGCGAGAAUCCUAUUCCUAAUAUGAUUCGGAAAUAAGAGUUACGUAUUAAUUAAAAUCCUAACGAGCCUAGAGUUCGUAACGGGCCCAGACGCAUUCCGUCAUGAAAUUGAUACGCACUAAAAGACUCGAUUAAGUCUCAAACUCUACGGAUUUCAGGAAUCCGAAUCUGACUAAGAAAACGGCCCAAACCCUAUUUUCAACGCAUGGCUCUGGGCGCCGAAAUCUUCGGCGCCCAGGCCUGGGCGCUGAAAAUACCUGGGUACGUGUUUUUUCCUAAUUCUUUAUGGAUUAGAACUCUGCAAUUCUAUCUUUCCACGAAAUCUUCCCUAUAAAUACAUCCCCAAAUUCGACGUGAAAAGAACACACAACAACACACAAUAAUAUUCCGAGUAUUGACUCCAACCCUUAGCCUAAGCCUCACGCUGCGAAAUCGUUCACACGUUCUGUCGCAAUCGAUCCAUAAAUCGAACAGAACGUAUCCUGUCCCAUAAUUGAGAUUCGUUAAAUAAAAAGGAGAAAUAGCAAAGUCAAAGUGGUUAGUUUUCUGAGAACCGUGACGCACCUCUCAAGGGUGCGUCGUAAUGUGUCCCUUCUCGAUGAUUUAAUUGGUUUCCUCGCCCUUUUUAUGAACUGUUAAACUAACUAAAUCUGAUUGUUCUAUCACGCCUAACAAAUAUAAUAUUUUCGGGAAAUUGGAUUAUCAUGCUUGGUCCCUUAAUGCUACUUAAAUCAGAUAAUCGUGAUCGAUCUAGUAUUAUAUGUUGCAUAUUGCUAAAAUCAACUAAGAUUAGUUUAAUAGUUAACGCAUGUCCCUUCAAUUAUUUAUGCUGAGCUAGUAAGGAUAUCCUGCCUCUGGAGUUAUCGACGAGCGAAGUACUGGUCUCGGUAGUUACAGUCCCCCGAACCCUCAAUCUCUACCUUGCGGGUGUAUGUUGAGAGAUCCCCACACCAGGGAUCACAAGGGAACCUACGGCCGUCGUGGUCAAACAUAAUUGCACUCCCUUUAUGUCACGAUAACCGGGUUUUAUCAGUUUUUCUCAUUGUCGUUAAAAACUGAAUGGCGACUCCUAUAUUACUAGUCAAUUGGGUGUAAACUCACAGGAAAUCCAAUUACACUUGAUUGAAUAAAAAGAAUCGUCACACCCACGAGGGACGAGGUCACGCAUUAGCCUCGUGCUUUUUCGACCCCCUCACAGUGGCGACUCCACUGGGGAUAGUGAAGGAAAUACUCGUGCUUGUAGGUAAUCAAAAUAGCCGAAGGGUGAAACGAUCCUACCCCGCGUUUAUUUCCCCAUCAAGUUGGGACGACCUGAAAAUCAGCAUAUUAAUGUGAACGGGCAGAACCACACAACGAAUCUCGGCUCCCUCGGGAGUUGGGACUAAGGAUACCUUUUUUCGCCAAUAGGGGGGUGCAUACGCCGCGCAUGUUGCCCACUCGGUACUUGUGUAGGUAGUACACCUAUCCCGAACCCAAUCGCUCGCUCAUUAGGUCCCUCUCGCCUGCAUGCCCCCUUGGCUUGCACUUGCGGGUUGGCCUCUUGGGCGAAAUUCGUCUGUUGAAGACACUACCUCGACCGGGGAAUGUGUUGGAUCUACGAUAGAAGCGGUACCAAGCCAGGCACAAAUACUACCCAUAGAAACCUAUCAUAAACUACGUGACAUAUUUAAUUUUCAAAUCCACGUUUGUAAAGUAGUUAUGUGUAGCGAACUAUGUGACUAUGUUAUGAUUGUGCGUACAAAUAAUGCUAGACAAAUAAUGCUAGAAGACAAACGACCUUAAAAAUUGCCCAAACAUUCAUAAACCAAUUUGCCAAAGAGUUAUACCGAAAUACGCGUUCCGCAAACCCGAGCGAUCGCCACAAAAAUAAGCGACGCUUGGGAUGGCCCAUAACGAAUCCCACAAACGCUGUACAACGCGUAAAGGAUGUUAUAAGACAAGCGCGCAAAAUCAAGUCGCAUAAACAAAAAAUAUACGCAAACAGAAAUCGAGCACCAGUCAGGGACGCAUUUUCAGCGCCCCUGGCUGGGCGCCAGAAUUUCUCACGCCCCUCGUUGGGCGCUGAAGUUGCUGCUUGGCGUUCUGGUCAGGCGCAGCAGCCUCGGUGCCCGCGCAAAAGGAAAAUACGUAGCACAAAAAAUGUUCGUAAAAAGAAUUGCUACGAGGGCGUAAGUAAAGCACUCGAUUCCAAAAGCGACUCGUAAAAAAAUUAAUAACUCUUUGCGUCGUUGUUAGGCCUCCUACGACGGCAAUGCUCGACACUAAAAGUCGACCAUGCAAAUAAUUAUGAAUGUCACACGGGCAUAAAUUUUCGAAAAUAUAAAGAGUUCAAAGUGCACACAUAGCGGUCCAAAUAUACUUGUCCGACUUAAGGGUAGUCAGAGAAAGUCUAAAAAACCGACUCACGAAACAAACUAAUGUGUCUCCUACUCCACAACAAUAAUGCAGGGCCCCUGAGUACCUGUCCGUGAUAGCCAUCAAAGAACGCGAUGGAAGAAGCACAUCCCGAACAUCUAUACCUAGAGGUCGCACAAUCCCAAGAGAUGCAUGCUCUAGGACACGACCCUUUACGUUCUCAAAGGCCACUCGCACCAAAGAAUCGUGCUAUGCCAAAAACGCUCCCCAACUCACAUGCUUUCGGGCUAUUGUUUGGGUUAGAAAAGAAAAGAGCGAAGAAUGAAACAGAAAUUAUGGCAUUAGCUCUCCAAGAUAAAGUGUUCGAUCCUACUAAAUUGAUCGCUCCAUCACCCUCAAAAGAUGACCAAAUCCAACGAGGGUGGCGCAAGACUUUCAAAUGGACUAAUGCUCGUGGGAUGAAGUUCAAGAUAUCUGCGGGAGAGGGUCCGAUGUACGAAGAAUUAGAGUCUGAAUCCGAGUCUGACUCCGAGUCCGAACCUAGAAAAAUUGUAACCCCUCCCAAAAAUAGUUUAGACCCGGAAAUCUCUACUCCGGGAGAUCUUUUUGAUGUAAUGCUUCAUGAUUUUAAUAAGAUAAACAAAACUUUUGAGUAUGUGCCGCUUAAAAAUCCGAGUAAUAAUGCAGAAUGUCUCGCCACUAAUGAGCACGAAAAAGAGCCAGAAGAGGAAUAUACCGAACUAAUAAAAGCUGUAAGUGAACAAGAACUCAAAACUCCUAUAAUUGAGGACACGGAAUCGGUAAAUAUUGGAACAGAAGAAAAUCCUAAAAUUAUUAAAAUUGGCCUCACCUUAACUCCCACUGAAAAAGCCGAUCUAAUCUCCACUCUGCGGGAAUUAGAGGGUGUCUUUGCUUGGUCCUACAAAGACUUGCCAGGAAUAGAUCGAGAAAUCGCUGAGCAUAAAAUUCCGCUAGAUCCCAAAAUGACGCCAGUAAAACAAAAGCUACAGCGGCUCAAACCAGAGAUAGCCUUGAAAAUAAAAGAAGAAGUCACUAAACAAUUAGACGCUGGCUUUAUAAAAGUCUCCAACUACCCAGAAUGGGUGGCCAAUAUUGUCCCCGUAGCUAAAAAAGAUGGACGAGUGCGAAUGUGCGUAGACUUUCGAGACCUCAACAAAGCCAGUCCUAAAGAUGACUUCCCUCUACCUCACAUUGACAUACUAGUAGACAACACCGCAGAGCACGCGCUCCUCUCCUUUAUGGACGGGUACGCCGGAUAUAAUCAAAUACUCAUGGCAGAAGAAGACAUGGAAAAAACAACUUUCAUUACCCCUUGGGGUACAUAUUGUUACAUUGUAAUGCCUUUUGGUUUGAAAAACGCGGGGGCCACCUAUCAAAGAACAGCCACCACGUUACUCCAUGACAUGAUACACAAAGAAAUCGAGGUCUAUGUGGACGACAUGAUCGUCAAAUCUAAAGACCGGCACGGUCACCUCCCGGCACUUAAAAAGUUCUUCACCCGAAUCUUGAAAUAUAACAUGAGACUAAAUCCACAAAAAUGUGUGUUCGGGGUAACCUCGGGAAAAUUGCUAGGAUAUGUUGUUAGUACGCGAGGAAUCGAGAUUGACCCAUCUAAGAUCAAAGGCAUUACCGAAAUGCCCCCACCAAAAACUGAAAAACAGAUAAGGGGCUUCCUAGGAAAGCUGCAAUACAUUAGUAGGUUCAUUUCCAAGCUUACUAUGACUUGUGAGCCAAUAUUAAAAAAAUUAAGAAAAGAAGAAAAAGUCGAAUGGGAUGAACAAUGCCAAACUGCCUUCGAUAAAAUCAAAGAAUACCUAAGCAAACCACCCGUCCUCUCCCCGCCUUUGCCCGGAAUCCCUUUACGCCUAUACCUAACCGUCAAAGAUACUGCAGCCGGGGCUAUGCUCUCACAGUGUGUACAUGAAUCCGAGCGAGCCAUUUACUACUUGAGCAAGAAGUUCAUACAGUACGAGACGAGAUACACAGAACUUGAGAAAACCUGCCUCGCCCUCGUCUGGGCAUCCAAAAAACUCAGACAUUACCUAUUGGCCCACACUGUUCAUAUAGUGUCACAACUAGACCCCUUAAAAUACAUGUUCGAAAAGCCCGCCGUAAAUGAUCGCCUGUCCAGGUGGCUAGUCAUGCUCUCAGAAUUCGACCUAAAAUUCAUGCCAGAAAAAACAAUCAAAGGAAGAGCGGUAGCCGAAUUCCUGGCCGAGCAUGCCACGAAUGAGGAAACCACGAAAACUUACCUCCUCCCCGACGAGGAACUUCUGAUGAUACGAGACGACUAUUGGACACUAUACUUCGAUGGCGCGUCCAACCAGAAACGAUGCGGCGUCGGAGUUCUCCUAGUCAGUCCCGAAGGGGCCCACAUACCAAUUUCCGUCAAACUUGACUUCGAGGCCACAAACAACACCGCCGAAUACGAGGCCUGCAUAGUUGGGCUAGAGGCCGCAGUUAGCCUCGGAGUCAAACAUCUACAAGUCUUCGGGGAUUCUUCCCUAAUAAUCAACCAUAUAUCCAAAAGAUGGAAGGUCCGAAGCACUAGUCUCUCAAAAUAUCAAGCUCACUUAGACCAAAUAGUCGAGCAAUUUGAAAAAAUCGAGUAUACGUACUUACCAAGAGACGACAACCAAUUCGCGGAUGCACUAGCGAAGCUAGCUUCAAUGCUCAACAUCCCGAAUGAAUGGGACGGAAUGACCCUUCGGGUCGAGCGAAGGAAAGAGCCGGCUUAUUGCUGUGCCAUAGACUCCGAACCUGAAAACACCGAAGAAGAACCAUGGUACACGGACAUCCUUCGUUACAAGACAAGUGGGGAAUUCCCCCCAAACACCUCCCCGCGAGCAUAAAAGGCCCUACGCCUCCUCGCUUCACAAUACAGCAUAAUUCUAGGAGAACUGUACAAAUACACGCCGAAUAAAAUCAAGUUACUUUUUGUCCACCAAAACGGCGUGUGCGGACCCCAUAUGAAUGGAAAAAUGCUAUCCCAAAAAAUAUCCCGCUCAGGGUACUAUUGGACCACUAUGGAAACCGAUUGCCAUCACUUUGUAAAAACUUGUCCAAAAUGCCAAAUCUUCAGUAACCUUAACCAUUUGCCUCCCCCAGAACUAUACACCUUCACUUCUCCAUGGCCCUUUUCCACCUGGGGUAUAGAUAUAAUCGGCAAAGUAACACCAACAGGCGUAGGGGGACACGAGUACGUUUUAAUCGCAAUUGAUUACUUCACUAAAUGGGUAGAGGCAGUCUCCUAUGCAAAAUUAACGGCCAAACAUGUCGCUCGAUUCCUAGAAAAGAACAUAUUCUGUCGAUACGGGGUUCCACAAGAAAUCAUAAGUGACCAAGGUUCCCACUUUAGGGCCGAAGUCCAAGACCUGCUCGAAAAAUAUCAUGUCAAACACCAUAAAUCCUCUCCCUACAGGCCGCAAAUGAACGGCGCAGUAGAGGCGGCCAACAAAAAUAUUAAAGUCAUAAUCGAAAAAAUGGCCGAAAAUUAUAAGGAUUGGCCCAACAAAUUACACUUCGCAUUAUGGGGCUAUCGAACCUCAAUCCGCACCUCCAUUGGAGUAACACCCUACUCCCUGGUAUACGGAAUGGAAGCAGUUCAACCGAUCGAGUCGGAAAUUCCCUCCCUCCAGAUCGUCCUAGAAAGCAAGCUACCCGAAGCUGAUUGGGUUCAAGCUAGGUACGACGAGCUCGUCCUUUUAGACGAACGGAGGUUGAGAGCUUUACAUCACGUGCAAGUGUAUCAAAAGCGCAUCGCAAGGAAAUUCAACAAAAGAGUCAAACCUCGAAAUAUCAAAGAAGGCGAUUUUGUAUUAAAAGAAGUCCGCGCACCUACUACGGACCCUCGAGGAAAAUUCCGGCCUAACUGGACAGGACCAUAUUUUGUAAAGACCAUCCUACCUGGCGGAGCAGUCCAACUAGCUGACAUAGAUGGAGCGGAAUUCGCUAACCUCACGAACUUAGACCAAUUGAAAAAGUACUAUAUUUAAAGUCCGGUCCGGAGUUAAGGCAUCUAAUAAAACACGCUAAGACUCAUAAGCAAGCAUUCUGUACAUUACUCUAAGCAAACGGCAUAAAACUCGAUAAAGUAGGAAAAGCGAAGGACAAAACUUCAACGCCCAGGUCUGGGCGCUGUUAUUUUUCACGCCCAGGCCUGGGCGCCGAUAUUUCUUUCGCCCUUGAACGGGCGUCAUUCUCUCUUGCCACCUAUCCUCCCGAUUCUGCAAGUGUUCGUACUCCUUUUUCGAACCAUCAAAAGAACCACGAACACUUGGGGGGGAAGCAGACGUGUAAUGAACACCCUUUCAAAAAAAAUUCAAAAGCUAGAACUACGCGCGACCUGAUUCUGACAAGAUACAUAGGCAAAUCUUUUAAAAGAUUCGGUCCAAAAAAAAUUAAAAAAUAAUAAAGUCAUGCAACGCAUCAAGAAGAAAGGAUAUUGCAAAGGGCACUAUACCCUAACCCAUGCACGGGAAAAACCAAAUAGAAUGAAAAACAAAGCAAAAAGAAUUUUCAGGAACAAGCCCAACAAAAGAGUAUGACACGAGUCGGCAAAAAACAAAAAAAUAGUGAACAUGCAUAUGUAAUACCCCAAGUAGUCGGUUAGUCUAAAAAUAUGUGUGCACUCUUGUAUGAACUCAUUAUUUUUACGAAAGUCUUUCCCUUUUCAAAGUUCGUCGUUGGUUUAGAAAGCUAAUAUUACUAUAAUAUUUUAAAACAAAGCCCACGGAAGGCUCAAAUCAUUCUUGCACCAAAAAUCGCAAAAAAUAUAUAUACAUGCGGAAUACAAGAAUGAAUAUGUACAAAACAGGAGGUAAGCCUAAGACUCGUCAUCGGCUCCAUGUCUCCAAGGCUCGCCGGUCCAUCCACUCCACUCCCCGUGGUAUGAGGGCCCUCCAGCUAGAAUCACCCCAAAAAUGAGGCUGUGACUGCAACUCGGGGCUAGGCUCUCGGGCCACCGACACGGAACGUCGCCUACGCUCCGGCUCGGACCUCUCCCCGGAAGAACUCACCCCCGCGUCGGAACGGCGAUGCCGUAGGGGCGAGUGUCGUGCUCUCUCUCUCUCUCUCACGACCGUGUCCCCCGCCCGAGGGACCCGCGUCGUCGGCCCCGGCGCGUCCAGCACCCAUCAACAAGAAAAGACAAAAAAGAGAGUGAGUAACCGAAAGCCAAACAAAAGGUACAUAUCAAAAGAAAAAAGAGGGCACAUUACCCGAGUAGAGUGGGGGCUCCUGCAAGAAAGUGCAGAUCGGGCUCGAACCAACGCAGACUUCAACCGGUUGAUCACCCCCACCAUCGCGUUGGCCGUACGGGCCGGAACCUGAAACAGGAAUGUUAGUAAAAAAAAGAGAGAAAAAAUAUAAGAAGAGUGCACAAAUAAAAGGUGCAUACCGCCUGUACUCCCUCAGGGAGCGGAGCAUGGAAAACCCGGUCUUCCGGGAAAGUCUCCACAAUCUCGGAUCCACUCUCUCCGGUAUACGAGAUCCGAGCAUCGGGAAGCACCCAUCCCCCCAACGAAGGGUCAGGAUACUCCUGCACAAAACACGUAGACAUAAACACAUGGGCACGAGCAUGAAAACACUAAAAUCAAUACGAAAAGAGAGGGCAACUUACAGCGCCAGGCUCCGGGAGACGAAGAGAAUCCUGGAUAAACUGGUAAUAGCUAGCUCCCUCUAUCACCAACUCCGUCGCCGGCACGCCAGUCCUCGAGUGGACCCUCCACGAAUCGCCUAUCGAGCGAGUAGACAGCAUGGUCGCAGGCGGAGGCCUAGGCACCGAAAAAGCCCCGAACGUCUGCAUGCGUACCCGCUCUCCCAGGUACCAGACAGGGUCCCGGCGGCCAACGAACAAGACCCGCAUCUGGCUCAGGACAUAACUAUCCCUGACCGAAGCAUGAGUACCCCUAAAAGAUAGCCAUGGGGUCCAAACCACCUGUUUUUGUACAAACACGGUCAGAUCUCGCACAUAGAAAAUAAAAAGAAUGACGAAAUACAAGAUAGAGGAUAAGAUUCUGCACAUGCUCAGGGUUCCCGUCCCGAAUGAGAUCCCACACGGUAUCGGGCGGUGGACGCACUGUCAGCUUCUUCUUCCAACCCCAACGACGACCGGCAGGGUACUCCAAAGGCCUCUGCCCCUUUCGGGGAGCCAGCCAAGGUAAGUUCUCAAAGGCCCACAGCUGCAAAAAAGAAAGACAAUAAAACAUCAAGAAAAGAGGCCCGGUAAAAGCGAGAAAACAAAAGAAAGUCUAGGCACAUACCUCGAUCAAACGCGGCACUCCCGCUAAUGUAAUCACAAAGUGACGUCUACUCGGGUCUGAGUCGCGCACCGACAAACUCAUCUGGCCGACAAGCGUUGCAUAGCCCAAAUCGCCCCAGCGAUAGUCACCCAGUGUAGACACGUCCUCCACCAUGCCUAUCCACCUCGGGUCAAAGGUGUCAGUCGGACCCGAUAGAAAAGUGGAAGUAAUAAAAUGGAGGUAGAACAACCGAGCCUGUCUCGAAGGCGACUCCUCUACCCCAUGCUCUAAGGCCCACAUCAGGUCAGCGAAAGGUAUCCCACGGGGCUGGUACGAAGGUAAUCUCCUACCCAUCCACGAGCCCAGGAGCCUGGUACCCUCAGCAACAGUCGGCGAUGGGCCAUCCGACCUCAGACGAACGGGGUUCCCUGUAAAAGUCAAGCCCGUCAAAGCUGUGUAGUUCUCAGGAGUGAUCGUCAUCUCGCCCCAAGGAAAAUGGAAGGUGUUGGUGGUAUCCCACCACCACCUCAUGAACGACCGCAGAAAGGACAGGGAGAUGUUAAGUUGCAGUAUCUCCCAGAAGGUCUCGACCACCGGAAAUAGUGAGCUCGCCCUCACCAAGGCAUGGGCGUCCGAGCUCAGGAAGCUAAAAACGGUCUCACUCGUCGCUGCGCCAUAGCCACGAACCGUAGUCUCUCUCCUCGCGUGAAGGCGGGAAGUCACGUGGUGCUCUAGGUCGUAGUGCAGAUCACGACCGUCGUAGAGCUCAGGGCCCACCCAUAGGGGACCCGCGCCAGUAGACUGACGCGUCAUGCCACGCUCCUCGUGGCCACUAGGAGGAGGUGACGACUCGUCACGCAUGCUGAUCAAUAAUACAAUAAGGCAUUAUACCUUUAACAAAACUGGCACUCACACCAAUCACUAAGGGAGUGCAUUCCGCUCAGAAAAUGGAGUCAUACAAUUUUUUGUUCCCUAAGACAUGAUACUAAGUUCAUAUCGAGCAAAAAAUUCCCUAAGUAAAUUUUUUUAAUUAACUCCAACAAAGUGAAAAUUCUUCUAUAAUUUGUCAUUCAUGAAUUAUGAGGAACGCAAGCAAUAUACCAAGAACACCUACAUUGUAAGAAAACACUAGAGUCGUAGGUAUACUUGGGGGCUAGCAUGAAAAUGCCCAAAUUCAACAAGAAUCAACAUACUUGCGAAAAUUAACAUGCACAAACUAAUUAACAUGUUAUGAGGAACAUUUCCAACUAUCUAAUUGAAGGAAAGGGGCACAAAAUCAAAAACCCCCAAAUCAAUUUCAUGCAUAAAAAUACUUGACAAAAAUAUUGAAAUUGACAAAAAAAGCUCAAAAUUACUGAAGAUUACUUACAUUGGGAAGAUUAGGAAGUGAUUUGGAGUAGAAUUCGUAAAGAAAAGUGAAGAAACGAGCAAGAAAUCAGUUAAAAGAGAUGAGGAGCUUGAGCGAAAAUGGUGGAAAUGGGAAAGGAAGGAGACGGUCCGCGAAUUUAAAGACCCGUCUUCCCUUUCGCAUUUUCAACGCCCAGCUCUGGGCGUUAGAAAUUCUCGCGCCCAGGCCUGGGCGCUGAAAAUGCUUCCCAGACAGCGAAUAUUCGCUGUCGGGCACGCGCAAUCCCCUAUUUUGUGUAAAAUAUCUGUUAUCUUGAUAUUUCUUUCCCAAGAACGGUAUUUUGCAAUAUCGUUAAAAAUAUACACAGUGUGGACCCACUUAUAGGACACACCUGAUCAGGAAAUAUUGCGACCCACCAACAGGUUGUAAUCACAAAAGCCCUUCUACGUAGGCAAAAUAAGAAAUUCAAAAAUGGGCUCGCCCACCAUCAGUGGGCGGGGUCUGCGUCACUAGCCGCGCAGGUCCUCAGUUUUCCAAAAAUGAAGUCUUCAAAAACAAAAUGAAACAGGCUCGCCAUCUUCAACCGGCGGGGUCUACGACGCAAACCACGUAGGUCCUUAUUUUCAAAAAAAAAAACACAAAACAAAUUUCAAAAUAGAUUCGUCCACUUCUAUCGGACGGGGUGUCCACCCUUAGCGGACAGGUUCGCCAUCUUUAGCCGGCGGGGUCUACGUCACAAACCGCGUAGGUCCUUAUUUUCAAAA